AUGUCCUCCAUCUUCCGCUUCUCACGCCACCGCGGCGGCGGCACCCCAGAACCCAACGGCCCCAAGGCUGUCCUCCAAAGAAUCCACGAAGUCUUCCACCCCCACCACCGACAUUCCUCCAUCUCCUUCUCCCAAGCCGAGGAUACAUGGGCCGACUCGCAGCGGAGGCGCCUCAAUAUCACCAGCACGAGCGACACCACGGUCAACAACAGCAGGCCGGGACUGGCUAUCCGAACAGGAAGCUUCUGGCGGAACGACCCUCUCAGGAGCGCAGCAGCCGCCGACGAUGAUGAUGACGGCAAGCUUGCUCCCCCAUCUCACGACAGGCACCCUGUAGCACAAGAAGACGGGAGUUUCUCCCUUCAGCAGUCAAGACACACUUCCAAGUCUGACAAACAGAGUGGUCAAAGUAGUGGUGUUGACACCCGCUCCAGCUCAACAACAGACCCCUUCUCCCCCUCCGAACUCCUGACCCUCUCGGACACAAUCCGCUCCUCCCUCCCCGACUCCCUCCUCUUCCCCGACCCCUCCGAACCCAUCCAGCAGCUCAUCUCCUUUCUCGAAUGGGCCCUCACGGCAGAAACCACACCCCCCCACCACCCCUCGCACGACCACCGAAUCGAGUUCAACACCAUACAGCAUGCCCACUUGGACAAACUUUUGUCGGAAAUUUUGCUCACUGGCAAAUCCCUACUCCCCCCGACCACCACUCCCAACUGGCCGCUGUCUCAAUGCAUCGACCUGGCCGACUCGCUCCAGCGGGCCUGGAGGCGGAGGUUCAAAGAGAGGUACUUUCGGAUUGACGAAUCCCGAACCAGACAGCUCCUCACAAAGGGUGGGUUGCAGGGUGUUUGCUGGUCUGAUGACAACCCCUGUCCUUCUGGGGAUAACAGCCCGUCCCCGGUGAUGCCGCGGCAGGAGCAGGAGAAGUGGCGGCCGAGAUUGGAGGGGAGGUAUAACGUUUACACGCUGCCGCUGUUGAGUGGACGAGAAGAAGAUAUUGGGGGGCAUGGGAAUAAAAGCAAGUAUGUGAGGACGGGGGGGUUGAAGGAGAUGCAUGUCAAGCUGAUUACGCUGGUGGGGAAGGAGGUGAGGGUUUUGAGGGGGUAUUUGCUCCAGAGCGGGAUCGCGCCGGGGGUGGGUGUGCGGUUUGAUGGGAUCUGGAAGCUGGCGAGUUAUAGACAUAAACUGGACUUGGGGACGGGGGAGUAUAAGCUCGAGCUGGGGUUGGAGAGGGUGGCGAAUGGGCAGAGGGCGAUGAGGGAGGUGUUGAAGGUGCCGAGGCCGAGCCAGAUGGAUGAGUGGGACUUAUUUGAGAAGUUGGAGGCUGACAAGGUGAGGCAGGUGCAGGGGGAGGCGGCGAGCUAUGCUUGGAGGAUGCAGAGGGAGGAGGCGAGGGUGGAGAGGGAGAUAUGGAAGAGGGCGCAUAGGUUCAGGGAGAGCAUUUGUUCUUUGGGGUCUGGGGGGUCGUUUGUGGAGGGUCUGGGGGGGAUGAUGAGGAAGAGGAGUGAGGUUGUUUUGAAGACCGUUUUGCCUGCGCCGCCGGGGAAGGUGAAGGGAGGGGGGGAUGAGGCUAGGAAGAGGGUGAGGAUGAAUAGUAGGGCUAGUACGGUUGUUUAUGAUGUUAGUACUGGGGAAGCGUGGGAGGAGGGGGAGGAGGAGGGGGUGAAGAGGUCGUCGACGAGGAUUAGCUGGGAGGAUGUGUUGAAGGAUGCUUUGGAGAUUGCGAAGGGGAGUGUAGGGGAGUGGGGGCCGGGUGGGGGGGGCUCUGUAGAUGCAGGAGAGAUGUAG